GAGUUUGGUUUCAAAUAUUCCUUUAUCAAAAUUAAGAAUAGUGCAGAAAUUGAAACUGUUAACUGAAAUGAAGCUAACUGAUAUGUUUCAGUCCUCUUUGCAUUCUCCAGGAGUGCAACCAGCUGACCUUGAAGAAGUUGUCAAGAAGGGUGUUAAAACUGUGGUGAUUGGUCGUGGCAUGAGCGAGGCUUUGCAGGUUCCACCAUCUACUGUGGACUACCUGAAGAAAAACGGGAUUGACGUGUUGGUCUUGCAAACGGAGAAGGCUGUGGCAGAGUACAAUGCCCUGGCUGCUCAGGGUGUCAAAGUGGGGGGAGUCUUCCAUUCAACCUGCUGA